AUGUCCCCCUCAACACCCCAAAUCACCAUCAUUGAACUAACCCCCAAUGAACUUUCCACCAAACAAAUCAACUCCUUCAACCUCCAAAAAUCCAUCGAAGCCCUCCACCACGACGGAAUCGUCGUUCUCGCAAAUGCCAUAAAUCCAGCCCAUCUAGACAAGCUCAAUGCCCGUAUGGUCCCCGAGGCCGCACGCCUCUAUGCCCGCAGCGAAACCCACCGAAACUUCGGCAACCAUACAGGGAAUAUCCAACAAGAACCCGUCUGUGAAGCAGAAUACAUCUUCGAAGAUGUCAUCGCCAACCUAUUCGCGACAUCCGUAAUAGAAUGCAUGCUUGGUCCGAAUCCUGCUAUGCGAUUCUAUAGCGCGAAUACGGCGUUCAAGGCGACUGGGCGGCAGCCGGUGCAUAUUGAUUUUGAUUUUGAUAUGCCGAAGGUGCCAUUUGCGUUUUGCGUGAAUGUCAAUCUUGUGGAGACGAGUGAAGAGAACGGAGCGACGGAGGUGUGGUUGGGGAGUCACCUUGAUACUGAUCGGGGUGUUAUUGAUAGGCAGUCGGAGUAUGGGGGUGUUAAGGAGGAAUUGCUGGAAAAGAGGGGGAGGUUUAGUCCGGGGAUUCAGCCUGGACUGCCUAAGGGGGCGUUGAUUAUUCGAGAUUUCAGGUUGUGGCAUGCUGGAAUGCCGAACAGGACAGAUGAACCGAGGGUUAUGCUUGUUUCUAUUCAGUUUGCAAACUGGUAUAGAAGUGAUCAGAAGUUUAGGUUGCCGCGUAGUUUGGAAGGGAAGAUUGACUGGGGUCGUGUGGUACCUUGUGUUGAGUGGGUGGAUGAUGGGUUUAAUUACUUGCAGGGAGCUCAUGAUCAUGACUUUGCACCGCUGCCAUAG